AACAUUGUUCGGACUCGUCGUGAAAGUGAAGUUCUGUGUUUUGUCGGAGAGUAAAGCAAUGAGAGCAGUGGUUCAGAGAGUAGUCUCCGCUAGCGUUGAGGUGGAGGGCCGCGUCGUAUCGGAGAUUGGGCCCGGUCUUCUCGUUCUCGUCGGUCUUCACGAGUCUGAUGUCGACGCAGAUGCCGAUUACAUAUGCCGGAAAGUUCUUAACAUGAGAUUGUUUCCUAAUGAGAAAAGUGGGAAAACUUGGGAUCAGAAUGUAAUGCAAAAGGGCUUAAGUGUUUUGCUUGUGAGUCAGUUUACAUUGUAUGGAAUUUUAAAGGGUAACAAGCCGGAUUUUCAUGUGGCCAUGUCACCUGACAGAGCCAAGGUCUUCUAUGAAUCCCUUGUCAAUAGAUUCAAGAAAUCCUAUACACCUGAUGUAGUCAAAGAUGGUAUAUUUGGAGCGAUGAUGAAGGUCAAUUUGGUUAAUGAUGGACCAGUUACUAUGCAACUUGACUCAUCACAACCAUCCAACUCCAAAACUUCAAAUGAUGCAAAUAACAAGACUCAGUAGGUCUUAGUUGUUAAUAAGACUCUUGUUUAUUGUUGUUGCAAAGACACAUUUUUACUGGCAUUGAAUGAGAUUUUGUAGCCAAUGCCUCUCCAGUCAUUAUGAGAAACUCAAAUCUUGCAUUUCUAUAAAUUUGUUCCUUGAUAU